AUGACGCAGGAGACAUUCCUCGUAGCUCUGCUCAUUCUUGUGGCCUCAGUCCACUCUAGCUCCCAGUUUUACCUUCCUAUUGACUGUGAUGACAUAUAUCGCAAUGACAACACAAGCUCCAGUGGAGUCUACAAAAUCUACCCAGGAGGUCCCACUACUCCCCUGCAUGUCUACUGCGACAUGGACACUGAUGGAGGGAGAUGGACUGUAUUUCAGAGGAGGAUCGAUGGGACAGAAAGCUUCUUCAGGCCCUGGAGGCACUAUAAGACAGGGUUUGGGAAUGUGGCUGGAGAAUAUUGGCUGGGUCUGGAAAACAUCUUCCUGCUGACUAUGAGGAAGGAGAACGAGCUGCGGGUCGACAUGGAGGACUGGAACGGAGAAAGGAGGUCCGCACAGUACUCCUCAUUCUCAAUUGAGUCUGAGACUGUUGGGUAUCAGCUUCACCUGGGCAGCUUCACUGGCGGUGCAGCAGGGGACAGUUUAUCUGAACACAACUCCAUGAAGUUCACCACGUACGACAAAGAUCAGGAUCUGUGGGAUAAAAACUGCGCUCAGCAUUAUUUGGGUGGGUUCUGGUACAAUCAGUGUCACAUCACUAACCCAAACGGCAUGUAUGCGCCUCAUGGUGCCAUUGGGUAUGAUAACGUCCACGUGAUUUGGCAUACAUGGAAGGGCUGGAACUACUCCCUCAAGACCAUUGCCAUGAAAAUUCGAUUAAGACCUAAGUGUUCAUGCAGAAAUUAA